AUGGAAGCCGUAGUGGUCAACUGCAGUUUCCCCGACGAUCAGCUUGCGCUCUGGCAAUCCACGGCUGUCCUGGAGACAACGAAUGCGCUCUGGGUCGACAAAUCGCUCGAUGAUACCCGGCACGCGCCGUUGAACCAGCCCACGCAGAGCCUGCCAAAGUUUACCUGGUGCUGGUUCCUCCAGCGAUUCCUAAGCCGACCUGUUGCAGCAGCCCAGCUCUAUCUCUACACCAUCGGUCUCAUCGAACACAAGAAAUCGCACCCCCGUGUUGAGGUGAUGGCGGCGCUCCUUGGAUUGUCGGGGGUCAAGAUGGACCUCUCGCGACUCGCCGACUCGAUUGAAGGUGCGUUAGCCGAAGUAUUUGUGACGGCCGAUCGAGUGGGCAGUGCGUUUGCCAGUCAACUUCCUCGCAGCCAUCCAUUCAACCGCGUUCUCGUGUCGAGUGAGUGGCACGGCCGAUUGACGGAGAUUUUGGGGGCUGAAGCGUCGAAAGCAAGUCCCUUGAUGCGAACAUCGUCGGCGGUGUGGACCGACGACGGCGCGAUCAAUACAUCAAUAAGCUCCUUGCACACGGCGCGGACGACCGCUUCGUCGCGCACGACAGGUGUUUGA